AUGCAUCGCCUACAAUUUCCGUCGCCACAGCAACAGGGUUUUCAGACAGGACUCAGCUGUCUCACAACCGCCUUCAACUUCCAGGAAACAGUCUACACGCAGAUAGAAACCGGGAGUAACGUGUACACGGCGUGUUUAGACCAGAAAGCCGCAUUUGAUUCUGUAUGGCAGACCGGGAAGAACCUGUGUGAACCCUUGGACGCACCCGCACAUGGAACAAUUGCCUGUGGGGCUGGGUUCCCGUUCUAUUCGUGCACGGCCUCAUGCGACCCUGGAUACGAGUUCUCUAACAAGAUGACGACGGACAAACGCGAGUGUGACCAAAUGUUCGGGGAUUGGUUUGACCCACCCGGAAUGGACAUCCCUGACUGCCAUCCGUCGUGCAGCCCCGCCUGUCAGAACGGGGGCUCGUGCCUGCUACCCAACACUUGCGGAUGUUCCAGCGGCUUUAUGGGCGCCCAGUGCCAAUUCCCGGCAAGUAACUGCGCAUCCCCACCGACUCCUCAAAACGGCCAGGUCACGUGCCAGCAGAACACUUCCGGUGCUCGGUGCACAGUUGCAUGUAACCAGGGAUACAAACCCCUAUGGGCCAUUGCCCCGAGUUACACGUGCUCCCCGGACGGUAUCUGGUCGCCCGAUCUGGCUGAGAUCCCGGGUUGUGUGGAUGAGUCGACACCCAUUAACGAGACCCACGUACCGAGCCCUACCCACCCACACACCGGAAGUGCGCGGUGCGUGGUCUGGGGCCAGGACCACUACCGUACGUUCGACAACAAAAUCUACCACUACAAGGGAGCGUGCAAUUACGUGCUUGUCAAGGAUGCGGUCGCCAACAGCUUCCAAAUACACGUGGCCAAUGAUAAGAACUGCCAGCCGGGACACAGGUGUAAACGUGAGCUAGACAUUUACAUGGGUAACGACCGGAUCUCUCUGAAGCGUGACGCUAGCGGCCCCGUCGUCACGUACAACGGCGCGGUGGUACCUGUCCCCUCCAGCAAGGGUGGGGUCAUCUUCGAGAAGAUCAGCUCAUACAUCGUGGUGAGGAGUAGCAUCGGCUUUCAGAUUCGUUGGGACACGUAUGAGAUGGUGUUUGUAACCAUUACGGAUUUCCUGCUUGGAAAGACAAAGGGUCUAUGCGGCACAUAUGACGGAGACCAGACCAACGAUUUCACCACGGACUCAGGAAAUGUUGUUACCGAGGCACCGGCCUUUGUCACCACGUGGAAACGCUCAUUUGCCGGGGAAACAUGCGCUGACCUGCCCCAGACCGGAUGCAACGCCGCAACUCCCCAAGCUGUCGACACUGCCACUUCCACAUGCGAGGCGCUAAUGGAAACCGAAUUUGAGAUAUGUCACCAUGCCGUUCCACCAGCGGCGUACAUCUCCGCCUGUAAGGAGGACUGCUGUGCCUCUUCCGGUCAAGACUGCCUAUGCAGCUCACUCGAAGCAUACUCCCGCGCAUGUCUGGAGCACAACAUAAGGCUGGACUGGCGCUCGGAUAACAGAUGUCCCGCCCAGUGCCCGGGUAAUCAGAUCCACAAGGAAUGCGGUAGCAUGUGCCUGAAGACGUGCCAGUCCCCGAGCUCGGCGUGCGAGGAUCACUCGUGCAUCGACGGCUGUUUCUGUCCGGACGGCAUGGUGCUUCUCAAUGAUCAGUGCGUUCAGAAGUCCGAGUGUCCGUGCAUGCUGAACGGAGUGGAAUACCGGAACGGCGAAAAGGUGCCCAAGGAGUGUAACAAAUGCACGUGCAUGGAAGGCGCGUGGCAGUGUACGAACAAACGUUGCGAUAAGACGUGUUCCGCUAUCGGCGACCCUCACUACAUGACGUUUGACGGGAAGCGGUACGACUUUAUGGGAGUGUGCUCCUAUUACAUGGUUCACGACCCGGGGACUUUCGACAUCAUCGUAGACAACAUCAAGUGUGGACACGGGGGCGAGUACUCCUGCACCAAGAGUCUCAGUAUCGACAUCAGUGGGCACCAUAUCAAGAUGGACCACAACCACCAGCUGUUCGUGGACGGCGAGGAAAUUACCAAGACUCCGCACGAAAAUGACGGCAUCAAGAUCUUUAUGGUCUCCUCGCUCUUCAUGAAGGCCGAGCUGUCCAAUGGAAUCACCAUACUGUGGGACGGACGGACCCGCGCUUACAUCACCGCCCCACCCUCCUUCAUCAACAAAACACAGGGUUUGUGCGGAACGUACGACUCCAACCAGAAGAACGACUUCAAAACCAAGGAAGGCGACAUCGAGACUAUGCCUAGCGCCUUCGGAAACCGCUGGAAGACGGUUCCGACGUGCAAGGAUGCCGGACCGGUCGUCAACCCGUGCGAAACAAAUGUGAACCGGAAGAACCAGUCAGCCCAGUAUUGUGCAUACCUCCGAAGUGAUGUCUUUCAAGCAUGUGCCAAUACUGUAGACGUGGAUUCGUUUUACCACGACUGCAUGUUUGACGUGUGCUCGUGUACAGAGAACGUGAAGAACUGCCUGUGUCCGAUCCUUGGAGAGUACGCUGCACAGUGCUCGGCCGCCGGUGUCGAGAUCCACUGGAGAACAUCCAUACCAGAGUGCCUACUGCCUUGCGAUGGCGGCCAAGAGUAUCAGGUCUGCCCGAACGAGUGCACGCGCACGUGUUCCAACAUCGCCAACGACCAGAGCUGUGUUCAAUCAUCUGUGUGCGCCGAAGGGUGCGCCUGUCCCGCCGACCAGACUCUUGACGACUAUGGCAACUGUUUAUCAAUCUCCAAAUGUCCCUGUUUGUUUGCGGGCAAUGAAUUCCUACCCGGCAUCACCGUGGGACGUGGCGAUCAGAUCUGCACAUGCGUGGACGCUCGUUGGGCAUGCGCAGCUAAGACGAUUCCAAUACCAACGACAAACAUCUGUAAGCCCAAACAAGAGUACUCCAGCUGUAUUUCCUCGUGCCCGAUGACGUGUGAGAACAUGCAUGAUUCCAUAUCGUGCAACACGACCAUGUGCGUUGAAGGGUGCAUCUGUAAGCCCGGAUAUGUGAAAGAAGGUAACGACUGUGUACUGAAGGCCGACUGUCCGUGCUACCACGGUAGCAAGGCUUACAAAGAGGGAGAAAAGUUCACCAUGGAUUGCAACGAAUGCACGUGUCGUAGCCGGAUGUGGGUUUGUGAACAGAAGGAUUGCCCGGCCGUGUGCAGCGCUUAUGGCGACUCCCAUUACACCACGUUCGACGGACGCUCGUACGAGUUUCAGGGUAGCUGUGACUAUAUGUUCGCGAAAUCAUCAGAGACUUCUCCCGUUAAGUUCGAGAUCACCACAGAGAACAUUCCUUGUGGAACCACAGGAGUCACGUGCACCAAGUCUAUCUCGUUUAGCAUUGGAGAGCAGGGAACUGCAAACUUCUUCCGGAUCCAGUUAGUGAAGGGAAAACAAGUAAUUGCCGACGCCGACUCCCCUUUCACCGUGAGGGAGGUUGGGAACUUCAUCAUCAUAACCACGCCCCAGGGUAUAACACUGGAGUGGGACAAAGGCACCAGGCUCUACCUCAAACUGAGCACACAACAUAAAGGACAGGUUGUUGGGUUAUGCGGUAAUUUUAACGGGAACCAGAAGGAUGACUUCUCCACGCCCCAGGGCGGCCCUUCCGCUUCCAAGGCAACCUCGUUUGCUGACAGCUGGAAGUUGCACGGGUACUGUGCCGACUCAAAGGAAAUCGAAGAUACUUGCGCGGCGAACACGGAACGCGGCACCUGGGCUCAGAAGCAGUGUAGCGUCCUGUCCAGUAAAUUGUUCGAGGCAUGCCAUCCUGUUGUUGCUUACCAGGAGUUCAUUGACAGAUGCGUGUUUGACGCAUGCGCGUGUGACACGGGCGGAGACUGUGAUUGUUUAUGCACGGCUGUAGCAGCGUACGCCCACCAGUGUUCUAUGAGCGGCGUCAUCAUCAAGUGGAGGACAGAGGAGUUCUGCCCGAUCAUGUGUGAGAACUGCAAGACGUAUAACCCCUGCAUCUCGAUUUGUCCAGUGAAGACGUGCGACAACCGCCUGGUGUACGACACGCUCAUACAGGACUGUGGCCAGGAGACGUGUGUGGAGGGAUGCGACAUUGAGCCCUGCCAACCAGGUCAAGUGUACGAGAGCAACAAGGAACCAUUCAAGUGUAUUCCUGAGGCGUUCUGUAAUACAACCUGCCUUACAUUAAACGGGAAGGAGUAUAAGGAAGGGGAGAGAAUCCUGGAUCCGACCAUCUGUAGAAUGGACUGCGAAGUCUGCUACUGUGACCAGCACCAGGUGAAGCGUACCGGCGUCUGCACAGGCACCCCGCCACCGGUAAGUAGCACCGUCACCUCCGCGGCAACCGUCUCCCCACCAAUCUUCACUGCCUCCCCGACCGUCCCCACCAUGACGGCCCAGUGUGUCCAGAAUGGUCCAACAGCCUGGAUGAGCGUAUCCGUCCCGACCCCCUACAACCAGGGUGACGUUGAUUCCAUCCGGAACCUACGAAGUCAAUACACAUUCUGUAACGCCAGUCAGAUGACAGCUAUCGAAUGCCGUGUUGUUGGAAUAACUACGUCAUCUGCCGCUGCUGGGCAACGCGUGUUUUGUGACCUGAGGAACGGGCUGAAGUGUUACCAUAGCGACCAGAAUCCAGGAGAACAGUGCCAUAAUUACGAAGUCAGGAUCACUUGUGACUGCAGUCUGCCAAUCACCACCACUAUUGCUCCAAACACGCUUCCCACGGGCUCCCCAACCCCUCGGCGAUUGGACUUGGGCACAUCCACCACCACACCUCAUCCAAACCAAACCUUUGUCACGCCUCCUAACCUUCCCCCCACUUUAACCGAGUGUAAAGAACCCAGAUGGACGAACUGGAUGAACAGCGUGAAACCUGUGGACGGGAAUGACAUAGAAUACCUACCCGCUCUUGUCAAGAGCUUUGGAUUCUGUCGGGAAGACCAGAUCGCCUACACUCAAUGCCGACGAGUGUCAGACAAACUGAGUUUCGAUGUCACCGGAGACCUUCAGACCGUGUGUAGCACUAAGGCUGGUUUCGCCUGUUAUGGUUCAAACCAACCCGACGGGCGAUGUGACGACUAUGAAUUCAGAGUUUACUGCCAAUGUGAAAAUAGCGUGUGUGACAAGCAGCUCAUCAGUGAUGUUCGGUCAGUGGGUGACACACAGUUUACGGCAUCGACUUCUGGUAGCGGCUCAACUGCCGCCAUGGCGCGCCUUGACAGCGUGAGCGGAUGGCGUGCGGCUUCCGGCGACAGAACACCCUGGGUGCAGGUCAACUUUCAGGAGCCCGUCACCGUUGCCGGCGUCAUUACACAGGCUGUUAAGGACGGAUCGGCGUACACCUCUAAGUAUACACUAUCCUAUAGUAGUUUCAACUGCUCCAACUUCCAGACUUACACCGCCACCGACGGGAUACCAAUGGUUUUCGAGGGUAACACAGGAGGCUCCGGCGAUGUUAGACAUAUAUUGCCUGGAAAGAUGAUUGCUGUAUGUGUGAGGUUAAGUCCAACUGAAUUUACCAGCGCUCCAGCCCUCAGAUUUGAUAUCCUUGGAUGCCGCGAACACAUAUCCUUUUUUUAAGUUCCGAAUGGCGGUUUUUUUACCUCAACCCCCCACAUGCCUUCACCAAAUGGACAUGUCACCGGGAUCUCAACAGUGAGCACCAACAUGACCAAGCCCAUGCCCUACAUCUGCGUUCCUGGAUGGACACCGUUCAUGAGCGUCGACACGCCCGGAGCUUUUAACACCUGGGAGAAGAGCGGACCAGGUGACACUGAACCGAUUACCGAACUCCGGAAUCUGUACGGCUUCUGCGCCAAACCAACCGGCAUCCAGUGUAGGACUAAGGUCGAUAAACUUCCGUACACGAUGUCUAUGAAUUUUGAUACUGUUUGCAAUCUUGAGAAAGGAUUUGAAUGUCUGAAUUCUGCACAGGGUGGCAUGGAAUGUGGAGACUAUGAAGUCAGCUUUCAGUGCGACUGUGGAACAACCCCGCAAUUCCAAACGACAAUUCCAAGUGUAACCGGUACACCAUCGGCUCCCAAACCCGCUUGCGGAUGGACUAAUUUCAUCAACAGCUACCUAAGAACACCAACAAGCACUGGCGACUACGAAACGAUUCAUAACGUCAGGAUGAAGUAUGAGUUCUGCGAGUUUCCCGUGCGAAUCGAAUGCAGGGAUACGGAAACGAAACAAGACUUCACGACUAUCAGUCAGGCAGGUGUAUCUUGUGAUGUCAACCGAGGUCUUGUCUGCGAAGACAAGGGUCAAUCUGGAGGAAAAUGCAAGGAUUAUGAAAUUAGACUGUAUUGUGUUGAUGCAUGCAGUUCAACAAAAUUGAUACCGCCAGGCCAACCAACAGGUUAUUCAACCUUGCCUUUGUCAGGCCAAGCCACGGGUACACCAACAAUGACGCCACCAGGCCAAGAGACCGGUAUGCCAACCCUGACCCCACCAGGCCUAGCCACCGGUACAACAACCCUUACACCACAAGGCCAAGCAACCAAUGCACCAACCCUGAUACCACCAGGCCAACACACUGGUACGCCAACCCUUACACCACCUGGCAAGGUAAUAGCUUUACCAACCCUGGCACCACCAGGCCAAGCAACAGGUAAACCAACUCUCACACCACCAGACCAUGCCACCGGUAUGCCCACACUAACACCAGCAGGUCAAGGCACCGUUACGCCAACAUUGACACCACAUGGCAAAGCAACCAACACACGUACCCUGACGCCAGAUGUACCAGGAGCCUGGGGUACACCUUCUCUCACGCCACCAGGGCAAGGCAUUGGAACAUCAACUCUCACACCACCAGACCAUGCCACCGGUAUGCCCACACUAACACCAGCAGGUCAAGGCACCGUUACGCCAACAUUGACACCACAUGGCAAAGCAACCAACACACGUACCCUGACGCCAGGAGCACCAGGUACCUUGGGUACACCUUCUUUCACGCCACCAGGGCAAGGCAUUGGAAUAUCAACUCUCACACCACCAGAUCAUGCCACCGGUACGCCCACACUAACACCAGCAGGUCAAGGCACCGUUACGCCAACAUUGACACCAAAUGGCAAAGCAACCAACACACGUACCCUGACGCCUGAUGUACCAGGAGCCUGGGGUACACCUUCUCUCACGUCACCAGGGCAAGGCAUUGGAACAUCAACUCUCACACCACCAGACCAUGCCACCGGUACGCCCACACUAACACCAGCAGGUCAAGGCACCGUUACGCCAACAUUGACACCACAUGGCAAAGUAACCAACACACGUACCCGGACGCCAGGAGCACCAGGAGCCUGGGGUACACCUUCUCUCACGCCACCAGGGCAAGGCAUUGGAACAUCAACUCUCACACCACCAGACCAUGCCACCGGUACGCCCACACUAACACCAGCAGGUCAAGGCACCGUUACGCCAACAUUGACACCACAUGGCAAAGCAACCAACACACGUACCCUGACGCCAGGAGCACCAGGUACCUGGGGUACACCUUCUCUCACGCCACCAGGGCAAGGCAUUGGAACAUCAACUCUCACACCACCAGACCAUGCCACCGGUACGCCCUCACUAACACCAGCAGGUCAAGGCACCGUUACGCCAACAUUGGCACCGCAUGGCAAAGCAACCAACACACGUACCCUGACGCCAGAUGUACCAGGAGCCUGGGGUACACCUUCUCUCACGCCACCAGGGCAAGGCAUUGGAACAUCAACUCUCACACCACCAGACCAUGCCACCGGUAUGCCCACACUAACACCAGCAGGUCAAGGCACCGUUACGCCAACAUUGACACCACAUGGCAAAGCAACCAACACACGUACCCGGACGCCAGGAGCACCAGGAGCCUGGGGUACACCUUCUUUCACGCCACCAGGGCAAGACAUUGGAACAUCAACUCUCCUUCCGCCGGGCCAAGCCACCGGUACGCCAACCCUGACACCACCAGGCCAAGCCACUGGAACACCAACUCUCACUCCGCAAGGCAAAGCUAUCGGUACGCCAACCCUCAAACCACCAGGUCAAGCCACAGGAACACCGACUUUGAUACCAACUGGCCAAGCCACCGGUUCACCAACCCUGUUACCACCAGGCCAAGCCACUGGAACACGAACUCUAACACCGCCAAGCAAAGGUACCGGUAAACAAACCCUGAUACCACCAGGCCAAGCCACUGGAACACCAACUCUCACUCCAUUAGGUAAAGGUUCCGGUAAGCCAACCUUGACACCACCAGGCCAAGCCACUGAAACACCAACUCUCACUCCGUCAGGCAAAGGUACCGGUACACCAACACUGACACAACCAGGCCAAGCUACUGAAACAUCAACUUACACUUCGCCAGGACAAGCCACUCCAUCAACCUUGACACCACCAGGCCAAGCCAGCGGUUCACCAACCCCGACACCACCAGGCCAAGCCAGCGGUUCACCAACCCCGACACCACCAGGCCAAGCCAGCGGUUCACCAACCCCGACACCACCAGGCCAAGCCAGCGGUUCACCAACCCCGACACCACCAGGCCAAGCCAGCGGUUCACCAACCCCGACACCACCAGGCCAAGCCAGCGGUUCACCAACCCCGACACCACCAGGCCAAGCCAGCGGUUCACCAACCCCGACACCACCAGGCCAAGCCAGCGGUUCACCAACCCUGACACCACCAGGUCAAGUGACCGCUUCACCAACCUUUGCGCAAAGUUCAACACGUUCAACUCUGGAACCGUCCAUGAUUUGCAAGGAAGGUUGGACGGACUGGAUUAAUUUUGGAAUUCCCGCAAAAUCUGAAGGAGACUUCGAAACUUACACGAGCAUACGAGGUUAUCCGAAUACCUGUGAGGAAGUCGUGGCCGCAGAGUGUCAGAUCGCAUCUACCGGUCAAAACUAUAUGUACUCAGGCCAGGAUGUCUCGUGUAGUCCAGAAGGCUUAAUGUGUGAGGACGGGCCAUCACAGAAGUGUGUCGACUACAAGAUUAAGUUUUUCUGCUCGUGCCAAACUGAGCUGACCACACCUUCAGUCACUACCAUCGUGAAGCCUCCGCCAGGCAUGGACAGUGGUACACCCACAAUGACUCCGCCAUCACAGAACACUGAUGUACCAACAAUGACUCCUCCAAGCGUGACCGAUGUGCCAGGGACGACGGGAAAAUACAACUGCACACAAGGUUGGACUUCCGCCAUGAGCGUCACCACUUCUGCUAUUACCGGGGACGAAUUAGAGACGAUCACGGACUUGAGGAGGAAAUACAAGUUUUGUGACGACGAGAUGAUUGUGUCCAUUAGGUGUGCCGAUCUGAUUUCUGACAAGACCGCCGAAGAGUUGGGUCAAAAGGUCACGUGUGACAUGACCGAAGGCCUCAUCUGUAAGGGUGCAGACCAGGCCGGUGGCAAGUGUGCGGACUACACGGUGCAGUUCUACUGCGAUUGUGAAGCCUCCAUGAUGACCACAACCUUAGCUCCCCCAAUUAUACCAGGAGGUACCCCAGCGCUUCGGCCACCAUACCACGAGCAAGUCACACCAACACUCAAGUCCACCUCGCACCCAGGAGAGACCACAGUCACGCCCCGGAGGUCAUGUGAUAUACCCCUUGGAGUAACAGACAGGCAGAUUGUGUCAGAUAGUCAACUUUCAGCUUCAACCUCCUUCAAUUUUACCUUCGAAACAACUAAUGGCCGUCUGAUGCAGCAACCUUCAGGGACAAACGGAGGAGCGUGGAUGCCAAGAUUCUUCGAUACCCAACAAUUCAUUCAAGUGGACUUUGGUCAACCCGAGAAAAUAUCCGGGGUGGUAACACAAGGACGACAGGACACUGACCAAUGGGUUGAAUCAUUCCUGAUUGAGACCAGUCUUGACGGUAUUCACUGGUACAAGUACGCGGACCGAGAUUCCAAGAAAGCCUACACCAUAUUCCCUGCAAAUUUUGACCGCAACACGCCCGUCAAGUCUUUCUUCGACCGUGAAGUUGACGCCCAAUACGUGCGCAUCGUACCAAUGACAUGGAAUGACAAGAUUGUCCUUCGGUUCGACGUGCUGUCCUGUUAUGGACGGUCAAAGACGCCGUCUCCGGGUCAUUUCACGACCGACAGGCCUACAGUCACCACGCCAACCUCAGUUGAACCAACACCCCCUCCUUUGUGCUUGGAGCCCAUGGGUAUCGACAACCCAAUGCUCGUAAAAGACGGUCAGCUUACCUCUAGCUCUAACCUUGACUCGAUGCACGGUGCGGCUGCUGGCAGGUUAUAUAACGAGUUCACUGGAUGGGCCCCCGUUUCGACUUCCGGUAAGCAGUGGCUACAAGUAGAUCUAUUGGAGCCCCGCUAUGUUUCCGGUAUCCUCACACAGGGCAUCCCAGACAAGGACAUGUGGAGUGUACAAUACGUUGUCUCCUUCUCUAAUGAUGGCUAUACCUUCACCGCAUACUCGGAGAAAAAUGGUGGGCUUCCUAUGUUAUUCAAUGCCAACAACGAUCGUAACUCCAUCGUCAAGAUGAUGUUUAACCGAAACAUUGUGGGACGAUAUGUCAGAGUCACGCCUAUUGAAGGAGGCUGGGCGGGUAUCGGUCUGAGGUUCAACCUGAUUGGCUGUUUUAACAUAUCGACUACGGCACCGCCGAUGACAACCCAGACAGUGGUACCACCUACUCUGUCAUUCGCCCUCCCCAACAUUACAACACCUAUUAUCGUACCUCCAACACAGAUUCUCCCAGUGUGUACAAUCCCCAUGGGUAUUGGUAACCGGUACAUUAUCAGAGCCAAUCAGAUCUCAGCUUCCUCCAGCCUCGAUAUCGAGCCGAUAUCUUUUGGGUCUUCAGGAAUCAAGUUGCCCUGGACACCUGUGCCAACGGACCUCCACCCGUACGUCCAAGUAGACUUCUUGGAGCCAAAAACCCUAUCGGGCGUGCUCAUUCAAGGCAGCCCGUACAAGUCCGAAUGGGUAACAUCCUACCAAGUUUACACCAGCUUAGAUGGCAAUACUUGGACACCAUACUCCGACAUCGUGAAUGCUAAAAUACCUACGACUUUCAAAGGCAACAAGGAUAACACUGGAGAGGUUACCAAUUUGUUUAACAGGAACAUCUAUGGUAGAUUUAUCCGGAUCUACCCAAUCAGUUUCCACACAGCUGCUACCCUGAUGUUUGAGAUCCUAGGAUGUAACCCAUCAGAGGCUGUUAACAUGACAACAACAGUGUCUCCAAGCGGUGUCAGCACACUUACACCGACUGUGUCCCCACCAGCGGGCUCAAAGAACACCCCGACCAUUACUCCACCUUCACAGACUGGUACCCCAACCACACUAGGAUUUGGACAAACUGUGCCAAUUACAACUCCGACCUACGUGGCUCCCCCAACAGUUUGUCUGACGCCAAUGGGUCUUGAGUACACCCGAACCGUGUUUGAUCGUCAAAUCACAUCGUCUUCAAAAAUGAAUGAGCUCACUGGGGCCACACAAGGCAGAAUACACAGUAACUCAAGCUGGAUUCCUAGUCUAAACGACUCAUCUCCAUGGAUCCAAGUCAACUUUGAAAAGCCAAAACUGUUGAGCGGUAUAUUGACACAGGGAGAAAACGGCGGGCAAAGAUGGGUCACCAAAUACACGGUAGAUUUCAGCAUGGAUGGCAAAACCUUCUAUCCAUACACCCUCCUUCUUGGCGACCCCAAACCCGUUGUGUUUAGUGGUAACAACGACAGCAACUCACUGGUUAGGCAGCUUUUCAACAGGAACGUCACAGCGCAGUACAUCCGUAUUCACCCAAAGGAAUGGCAUGGAAACGCAGCAGCUAUUCGGUUCAACAUCAUCGGUUGCAACCCAGACAGUCCACAGACACCAACAGUAACGACUCCAAGUCCCUCUGUCACGCCACCGAUUACUGUAACAGGCGUCCGAAUUACAAACGUGUACGAGCACAUCAGCACCAUCUCGGGAAUGUUCCCACCUUCACUAUGUACGGUACCAAUGGGGGUUGCAAACACUCUGAUUGUCAAGGAUCAGCAGUUGAGUGCCUCAUCAUCCAAUGAUAUGUUCAGUGGCGCCGAGAGAUCGCGAUUUGAUGCUCAGAAGGAUGGUAGUUUCUAUGGCGGCUGGGUAGCAGGAGAAAAUAACAUUAAGCAGUACAUCCAAGUGGAUUUUCUGGCACCAUACUACGUUGGCGGAAUUAAGACUGAAGGACGCUCGGACAAAGACCAAUGGGUUACGAAGUACGAGAUCUACUACAGCACGGAUGGGAAACACUAUAGCGCCCUGCCCAAGUCCUACAUGGAUAGCUCGCCAAUGGUGUUCACCGGAAAUAAAGACUCCGGCACGCCUGUUGCAAACUUGUUCAACCUGGUGGCCGCUCGUUGGAUCAGAAUCCACCCAGUCGAAUGGCACAAUGCCAUUUCAGUAAGAUUCGAGGUACUUGGCUGCAUGUCUCCGUCGCGGUCACGGCUUACGACCACCACAGUUCCUACCACACCGACUACACCCAUGUCUGUAACCGGUACACGCACACCUGGUACCGGUACCGCCACCGGCACAAGGCCAGCCUCCAUUGUUAGCCCAACCGCCUGUGCAUACUGGACACCUUGGGUGAGCGCCGGCAAGCCAGACAAGGAGGGGGAAUACGAGUCAGCCUGGCAGUUGAAACAGCUUAUUACUUUCUGCGACUACCAGUACGUCCAACAGACCGAGUGUAGGACCACAGGUACGCACAUCCCGUACGAUCAGACUGGCGAGAAUGGUGUGAUUUGCAACAAUGACUUGAAGGGCCUUCUUUGCUACGCCAAGAACCAAUCCGACAGCAGUUGUCUCGAUUAUGAAAUCCGAGUCUUCUGUGACGAAUGUGCAUCUACACCAGCUGUUACAACACCGGCUCCUAAGACGUGCAACCCACGCUGGCUACCUUGGAUUAACAACAUGACACCAACAAACGAAAUGAGCUACGUCGAGCACGAGUUCAUGAGCCUACAGAAACAACAAGAACUUUGCUUCGAUGGCAAAAUCACUCGAUUUGAAUGUCAAACAAUAUAUGGAGUGAGCUUCCACAGUGCUGGGACCGUGGGCUCUACCUGUGAGAUUCUUAGCGGACUUACCUGCAAGAAUAGCGACAACUAUCCUGUUCCAUGUGAUGACUUCCAGGUCCGAUACUACUGCGACUGUGCGCGUACUUUAUCUCCUGCAACGAGACCAACACUCCACCAAAACCAAGCAGGCUUUACAACUGGCACUCCGACAAUAACUCCAACGGGCUACACAGGAAAUGGCACUCCGACAAUAACUUCUCCUGGCUACACCCGAAAUGGCACUCCGACUAUAACUCCUCCAGGCUACACCGGAACUGGCACUCCGACAAUAGCCCCCACAGGCUACACUGGAACUGGCACUCCGACAAUAACUCCUCCAGGCUACACAGGAACUGGCACUCCGACAAUUACUCCAACGGGCGACACCGGAACUGGCACUCCUACAGUAAGACCACCUGGUUAUACAGGCACUCCGACACAGAAACCUGGCGGUAACGACAACGGCACUCCAACCUUAACACCACCAGGUAAUACGGAUACAGGUUCACCGACAAUCACUCCUCCUGGCUACAUCGGAACUGGCUCUCCGACAAUCACCCCAACCGGCUACAACGGAACUGGUACUCCGACAAUAACUCCAACGGGAUCCACUGGAUUUAUCACUCAGACAAUAACUCCUACAGGCUACACAAGAACUGGCACGUCGAUAUUAACUCCAACAGACUACACCGAAACUGGCACGCGGACAGUAAGACCACCUGGUUAUACAGGCACUGGCACUCCGACACUGAAACCUGGCAGUAAGAACAACGGCACUCCAACCUUAACACCAUCAGGUUAUACAGGUACAGGCCCUCCGACAAUCACUAUUCCUGACUACACCGGAUUUGGCUCUCCGACAAUAAUUCCCCCUGGCUACACCGGAACUGGCUCUCCAACUCUCUCUCCGACAGGCUAUUCUGGUACAGGAAUUCCAACUGUUUCUCCAACAGGACAUUCAGGAGGGACUCCAACACUCACACCAACUACUUGUGCUAUUGUCACUAAAUGGUCAUCUUGGGUCAACCGCCAUACACCGGAUGCGACUAAAGAUGAAAUCGAGAGCAUGACAGCUGCUGAAAAAAUAACAUUCUGUGGCUUAGGAAAGAUUAUUGCUGUUGAGUGUAAAACAAUCAAUAACAUACCAAGCUACAGUGCGGGAGAUUUUGGUUUUAAGUGUGACAUAACCAAUGGUGCCACGUGCGUAGCCAAGGAUAACUUCCCUAUUGGUUGUCAAGACUACAUGAUCAGAUAUCAAUGUCAAGAGCAGAUUUGUGGUGGUAACCAAACCACCGAUGAUACCGGAACCCGAACUUUCAGUCCAAAGGUACCCGGUCAGAACACACCGACGUUGACACCACCCGGUGGAAGCACGGCCACACCCACUGCGGUCCCCACCACCGUCUGUGCCGCAACAACACGCUGGAGCAGUUGGUUGAAUCGGGAUAAACCGACCACAGGAGAAGGGGAUAAGGAGGCUAUGACUGGUGAAGAAAAACAGAAGUUCUGUCCAGGUGGCACGAUUGCGACAGUGGAAUGUGCUUCAAUCGAUAGUGUACCGUAUUACCUGAGUUUGGACAUAGUGGACUGUAACCCCAUUACUGGACUCUUUUGUGACAACAAUAUGAAUAUGGGAAUGUGUGCAGACUACAUGAUUCGGUACCAGUGUGAGGAGACAACAUGUACAGAACCUACCCUGCCACCAACUACACAGAGCCAGUCCACACUCACUCCUCCACGGUUCUCUCGCACAACCACAUCUCCAGGACAAGGCGGGAAACUGACAACGUAUACACAUAAAGGGACAAUGCAUACAGGAACGGUAUCCACUUUCAAACCGCCUAAGUUUUCCUCGUCUACAGCCCACCCAAACACGUCUGGAAACAAAACACCAACACAGUCACCGUCGUUGAUCUGUGAGACAAAAAAUCGUUGGUCUAUGUGGAUUGACAGAAGUACACCUGGAAUCAAUGGGACUGGUGAUCACGAAUACAUGACAACCAUGGAGCUCCAACGAUUUUGCGCUAGAGGAACAAUCAGUGGUGUUGAAUGCCAAACCUUUGACGGUACCAAUUUCGAUAAAACUCCAGACUUUGUGACUUGUACUAUGGAAAACGGUCUUGUAUGUGACGGGGUAGAGAACUUUCCGAUAGCAUGCAUGGACUAUAGAAUGCGAUAUGAAUGCACAGAACAAAUAUGUCAAACGCCAACUGCAAGUGCUGCUAGUACACCUACAGUCCAUCCGCCGAGUGCCACCGACGGUGUCCCAACUGUAAGUCCAUCGGGAUCCUAUACAGGAACCCCGACAUCGCAACCACCAGGUGUAACAGGUAAGCCAACGGCCCGUCCACCAAAUGCCACAGGCGGAGUACCCACUGAAACCCCUAAGCGUUUUUACACUGAUACCCCAACAAUGCACCCAACGGGAGUUUCCGGUGAGCCAACGGCCCUUCCACCGAAUUUAUCAGGCGGAGUACCCACUAUUACCCCUAAGGAAUCUUACACUGGUACUCCAACAAUGCACCCAACGGGAGUUUCCGGUGAGCCAACGGCCCUGCCACCGAGUGCAUCAGGCGGAGUACCCACUGUAACCAGGAAGGGAUCUUACGCUGGUACUUCAACAAUACCUGGCGUUUCUGGCCAUCCAUCCAUUGGCCGUACUGUUAUACCAACCGUUAAUCGCUGUACACAGAGUCAUUGGAGCUCAUGGAUUAACAGAGAUAACCCUAACAUUGGCGGUGGCGACUACGAAAGUUUGACUGACAAAGAGAAGGCUGAUUUCUGUAUUGGCGGCACUAUCAAGAGUAUUGAGUGCGUCACAACCGACGGCAUUGCUUCCUACAGCUCUGGAGAAAUUAUCUCAUGCACGCUUCUUAACGGAUUUUCUUGCAACAGUCAAGACAAUGCUCCGAUUCCUUGCAGUGACUACAAAAUCCGAUACUUUUGCCAGUGUGAAGAAACCUCUUCUACCACAAGUGUUAAACCCACACCUACCAUUUCGUUUAAUGGUACGCUGAACCAACCGACCCUGCAUCUUACAUGCGGCUGGUCUCCGUGGCUAAAUGUUGAUAGACCAAACUUUGAAUCCGCAGAUUCAGGCGACCUCGAAACAGUUGCUUCUCUGAAAACCAAGUUUGGCCUCUGCAAGAAUAUCGUUGACAUUUCAUGCCGCGUCGCUGGCACGGACACAAUGGCUGAUGCUGCAGGACAGACGGAGGUGCUUUGCGAUUCGGUGAUUGGACUGCGUUGCUACAACAGAGACCAGCAGGGAGGAAUGUGCUACGACUACGAGGUAAACUUCCUAAAGCCCAUCCUGCUGACAGGAAUAAUCACCCAGGGACGCGAGAACAGCGGUUCUUAUGUGACAUCAUACAAGGUUCUCUUCUCUAAUGACGGCUUCAUUUGGUCACCAUACCAGGAUUUUGGACAAGACAAGAAUUUUACCGGCAACAACAACUCCGGAUCAAUGGCUACCAACUGGUUUGACCAUCCAAUCAGAGCGCAGUACAUCCGAGUUGUGCCGCUCACCUGGCAGGGAGUUAUUGCCAUGAGGACGGAACUUCUUGGCUGUUACGAGGGUUACCCAAUGACUUUUUUUAAUUGUUUCAUACUUAAAGGUCAUCUGACUUUGACCUCGGGCGGAGACUCCGAGCCAAUAUCCGCACUCCAAUCCUUGUCGGAACGGUGCACAACUCCAAUCAUGGUUGAUUGCGUCCGGGCCAGCGACGAGCUUCCGUAUGACCAGGCGGGCCAGAAGGUCAAGUGCGACCUCUGGAAUGGACUACAGUGCUUUAAUGCGGACAAUUCUCCACUGUGCUACGACUACAAGUACAAGGCUAGAUUAGGUUGCCUGAAGAACACAACAGAAUGUUUGAACUCAGUCGGUCCCACACACCCCGCCACGACGAGCACUGUCAACAAACGGGUUCUCCGGUGCUUCGAAGGUCUGGAUAUCUCCGCCUGUCCCAAGGAUGGCUGUGCUGAUGGACUCUACUGUGAUGGUCGCCAGUGUGUCACCAAGGACAAGUGCCCAUGUUUGGUGGAUGGACAGAUUCUCAUGUCUGGAGGAUUCAAGGAGAUGUCCAACUGUGAAACGUGUCAAUGUAUCGCUGGCGAAAUAAAUUGCGAACCAAAGAAAUGUACGCCUUGUCUCCAGGGAUUCUCGUUGGUAAUUAACAAGACAACCUGUGAAUGCUCAUGUCGGUCUUGCCCUCCGGGCGAGUUCCGGUGCGGAAAUGGAGAGUGUAUCCCGCAGGAGAGACGAUGUGAUGGAAUCAUCGACUGCAUUGAUGAUGAAGUUGGUUGUGUGUCCACUCCGAUGUUUACGCCACCAGUAUACGCGACUGCUACACCAACCCUCCCACCCAAAUCAAUAGGCACUGGCCAACCUACCGCUUUACCACCUGGUGGAUCGACUGGAAACCCACUCCUUGCCACGCUUGCCCCAGUUCAGUGCAAUAGUCAAUGGACAUCUUGGAUCAACACGGAUACUCCGGACACAGGCGAUGGAGAUAGAGAGUCCUGGACAGCUGCCCAGAAAGCUGCCUUUUGUCCAAACGGAAAGGUUUCCCGUAUCGAGUGCAUGACGUCUGACGGUAUUGCAUCCGACAGCUCUGGUGAAAUCAUGCAGUGUACUAUAGAAGGCGGAGCUGUUUGCCUGACCACUGACAAUGCACCUAUGCCAUGCAGUGACUUUAAGAUCAGAUACUUCUGCGAUUGCAAUGCUUCAGGUUCGACCACAACCAUGCAAGGACAAAUAUCUACUGCAGGCCCUGGUCAAUGUAAUAGCAGUUGGUCAUCUUGGAUUAACACAGAUACCCCUGAUAGUGGUGAUGGAGACAGAGAGUCCUGGACAGCAGCCCAGAAAGCUGCCUCUUGCCCAUAUGGCAAGAUAUCCCGUAUCGAAUGCAGGACGAUCGACGACAUCGCAUCUUACAGCUCUGGAGAAAUCAUGCAAUGUACCAUUGAGGAAGGAGCUGUCUGUUUAAACAAUGACAACUUCCCCAUACCGUGCAGUGACUACAAGAUCAGAUAUUUCUGCGAAUGUGCAGGUGGUACAGCUCUUGGUUCGACCAUCUCGUUACAUGGACAAGUGACCACUGGUGCCCCAGUCCAGUGUACCAGCAACUGGUCAUUGUGGAUCAACACAGACACUCCCGAUAGUGGCGAUGGAGACAGAGAAUCUUGGACGGCCGCCCAGAAGGUUGCCUUCUGCCCACAUGGCAAAGUAUCCCGUAUCGAGUGCAGGACGAUCGACGAGAUCGCUAGUUCGGGAGAAAUUAUGCAGUGUACCAUCGAGGGAGGAGCUGUCUGUUUUAACAAUGACAACUUCCCUGUUCCGUGCAGCGACUACAAGAUCAAGUACUUCUGUGAAUGCACUGGUGAGCCUUUCGGAUAUUUAAAUUCAUUUGCAUUACCUGGCAACAUAAAUAAUUGAUUCAAAGAGUUAACAGAGUCGCCCACUGGUGCGCCUGUCCAGUGUACUAGCCAUUGGUCAUCAUGGAUCAACACGGAUAACCCUAACAGUGACGAUGAAGACAGGGAGAAUUGGACGGCCGCCCAAAGAGCUGCUUUCUGUCAGCAUGGCAAGAUUUCCCGAAUCGAGUGCAGGACAACGGACGAUAUCGCAUCUUACAGUUCGGGAGAAAUCAUGCAGUGUAGCAUUGAGGGCGGAGCUGUCUGUUUGAAUGAUGAUAACUUCCCUGUACCGUGCAGUGACUACAAGAUCAAAUACUUCUGUGAAUUACCACCAAAUAUCCACACCACGCACAUUCACGGCGGGCCAUCGAUCGCUCCUUGCCUUACGCGCUGGUCAAGAUGGAUUAACCGGGACCAGCCAGACAGUGGAAGGGGUGAUAUUGAGAAAAUGAACGCUCAUGAACUAAACGUGUUCUGUCCCGAAGGACGUAUCAAGGGUAUCGAAUGUGUCACAGUCGACGGUAUAGUGUCUUACAGCAGUGGGGACAUGUUGUCCUGCUCCAUCAACAACGGACUUGAAUGUUUGAAUGACAACAACUUUCCAGUUCCGUGCAGUGACUACAAGAUUCGAUACUACUGUGACUGCGAAGUAAUUUCGUGCAUACCGGAGCAGUGUCUACCAAUGGUGAAGCCAGUUUUGAAAGAAGGGGAGGAGCUUCAGACAGUGAUAGACGCGAACGGGUGCUGCUUCCAGUACAUCGUCGUAUGUAAACCCAACCUCUGUGCCCCGCCAAUUCUCAACUGCCCCGCCCCAUUGUCACUGGAACCAGCCACUGGAGAGUCUGAUUGCUGUCUUACGUACAGAUGCAGAUUAGCUCUGUUUUUGACUGGACAGUCUUGGUCUGAUGGUGUCUGUACCCACUGUGCAUGCAUCGACAAAGGGGGCGUGGCCGCCAUUGUGUGUCAGAAGGAAACAUGUCCUUCCUGUCCACAGGGUUACAAGACUAUUGCCCGACCUGACUUUUGCUGCCUAGACUGCCAGCCAAAUGGAUGCAUUGUCAACGGAACUAUUUACAAGGACGGUGCUACAAUGGAGUCAUCAAAGAAAUGCUACGACAAACUGUGCAUAUUCGACGCGAAACUCGCCAUGUUCAUCGUAUCAGAGACCCGGGUGCAAUGUUCUGCCUACGAACAGUUGACCGACUGCAAGGCGAACGAGGAAGCAUACGACGCCACAGGCUGUUGCAUUAAAUGUUUACCUGAACGUAACGUCACAAGCAGUAGCCUCAUAUGCCAGACAUGCGCUCCACGGCUCGUUGCUGGAAACUCCAACCAUACGAUUGGCUACUUCACGAUUAUGGACAACAUGGAAGUUUGCAAAAACAUUGAACCAAUUCCCGACCUGCUUGAAUGUUCCGGUUUCUGCAAUUCGCGCUCUUCCUAUAGUCACGUGAUGCAGGGAUUUACCAAUCGCUGCAAUUGUUGUCAAGCAACCGGAAGUGAGACAAGGAACGUGGAGCUUACGUGCAAAAAUGGCAGGACAAUCACCAAGUCAUAUUCUGUACCGAAAUCGUGUGGCUGCAGUGCAUGUUCUGGCGCGAAAUAAGCUCGGGCAAAAGACACUACCUUUACUUGACAAUGCGUUAACACGGAACGGACUUCCAAAAUGGACUUGAUC